GAGCGUGAGCCAGUUAUCCAGGAGAGCGAGAAGGAAAUGCUCAGUAAAGUUGGAACACAGCAGCAGGUUUGGUGUUCUGUUUACAGCUGGGAUUGAGGAUUUUUGCAUUCUCCUCUUUGCACUGAUGGUGCUGAUCCCUCUCCUCCAGCGAUGCAUCCAGCUCCUCAGCCUACCUGUGUACCUGCUCUCGUAUCUGGGCUUAUGGGACCCCCUCUGUAAGAAGAUCUUCCCAUAUGUCAUGGCCAAGUGCUCCACUAUCUACAACCGCAAACUCUUCCAACAGAAAAAGGACCUGUUCAGCAACCUGGGGGAGUUUGCAGGCCCUUCGAGGGAGCUCAGGCUGCUGGAGAUAGGCACAGGCUCAGGAGCCAACUUCCAGUUCUACCCACCUGGAUGCUGGGUGACAUGCACUGAUCCCAACCCCAACUUUGAGAGGUUCCUCCUCAAGAGCAUUUCUGACAGCCCACACCUCCAUUUUGAACGGUUCUUGGUGGCCUCCGGUGAGGACCUGCGCCCAGUGGCUGACGACUCCAUGGAUGUGGUGGUUUGCACCUUGGUGCUGUGCUCGGUUCGCAGCAUCGAGCAAGUGCUGAGAGAAGUCUUGCGAGUGCUCAGGCUGGGUGGUGCUUUGUAUUUCUUGGAGCAUGUGGCUGCAGAUCAUUCCAGCUGGGGCUACUUUUGGCAACAGAUCUACAACCCAACCUGGAGAUAUUUGGGAGACGGGUGCUGCUUGACCAGAGAGACCUGGAAGGACCUGGAGAAGGCAGGGUUCUCGGAACUGAAGUUGCGGCACAUACAUGCCCCCCUGUCCUGGAACCCUACUCGUCCCCAUAUCAUUGGAUAUGCUGUGAAAUAACUAACUCCAUGCACUGAGAAACAAGGUCACUUCAGCACCGUGGUUCCUUCCAAUUCCUAGGGGUAUUUACCCCUGGCUAGCAGCCUUAUAAUGUCAGAGCAAUACUUAUUUAGCAAUUAGCUGCCUAACCAAAUUGCCUUGUUGGGUUUAUGAGAAUAACAGGGAAAACUUACUGAGCAUCCAUAGCUUAUCCUAACUAUGGUGUCAGGUUUGUCCAUAUGCCAGUCAGGCUCCUCCCAGUUUUCAGACAAAGCUCUGGUCAGCAUUUUUCACUGACUGUCCUGCUAGUUUUUGUGGAUCACAUUCUAAGGCACUGGUCAUAUACAGAGCCUCGUUUAUCAUAUACAGAGCCUCGAUGCCUAAGUCAAGCUUUGUGGAUCUCAGUGUUGUUCCUGUGACUUUCUGGGUACCAUGUUGCUUGGGGUUGCAAUGCCUAAGUCCCUUUGGGAAUCCAGGCUCAUCAGUCUAAAUCAGAUUUCAAACAGCAAUCUGCACAACAAAAUGCUCCCAUUAUCAAGGGCGGAUCUAGCUUUUUUGCAGCCCCAAGCACGGCAGUCAGGCAGCCUUCAGCGGCUUGCCUGCAGGAAGUCCCUGGUCCCAUGGAU